ACGUCAAAGCAAUAAAAGAAUACGUGUACGAUCCCGACUCCAAUUAUUAACCAUCGGGAUCAAAUUUUUCGAAGCCGGUAAAGAAUAAACCUUGAAGCUUAGAUAAACUUAAAAUGGUCCUAUCUAAAGCGGUGUCCGAUGUUUUCAUUGUGGCAGCAAAACGAACUGCCUUUGGAACUUUUGGAGGCAAGUUUGUCAAAACUUCAUCCACAGAUCUAAUGGUACAUGCCUCCAAAGCAGCACUAGUAGCAGGGAAAGUCAAUCCAGAACUUAUCAGCUCAGUCAUUGUUGGAAAUGUCAUUCAGGCUUCAUCAACAGAUGGAAUCUACAUUUCCCGACAUGUGGGACUGAAGAGCGGUGUCCCAGAAGCUGUACCUGCCCUAACAGUAAACAGACUGUGUGGCUCAGGAUUCCAGGCUGUCAUCAAUGGGGCACAGGAAAUUAUGCUAGGAGAGAGUCAGAUUGUCUUAUGUGGAGGGGUGGACAACAUGAGUAUGGCUCCUUUUGUUAUCAGAGAUAUUCGUUUUGGAACAAGGCUUGGGAAGUUACCUGAGAUGGAAGACGUGUUAUGGGACAGUCUGACAGAUACUUACACAGGUUUUCCCAUGGCAGUGACAGCAGAAAACUUGGCUGAGAAGUACAACAUCAGCAAAGAAGACUGUGACAAGUAUGCUCUGCAGACACAACAAAGAUGGAAGGCUGCUCACGAUGCCGGUGUAUUCAAAGCAGAGAUUGCACCAAUUACAACAAAAGGAAGGAAAGGACCUGAAGUGUUUGAGAUGGAUGAACAUCCCAAGCCACAGACCACCCUGGAGGGUCUUACCAAAUUACCUGCCCUGUUCAAGAAAGGAGGAACUGUUUCUGCAGGAAAUGCAUCAGGUGUGUGUGAUGGUGCAGCAGCUGUAGUGGUUGCUAGCGGUGCUGCUGUGAAGCAACAUAACCUGACCCCAUUAGCUCGCCUUGUUGCUUAUGGCAUCUCUGGUUGUGAUCCCAAAAUAAUGGGUAUCGGACCUGCCCCAGCAUCCAGAGCUGCCUUAAAAGCUGCAGGAAAAAGUAUAGAAGACAUGGAAAUUGUUGAGGUGAAUGAAGCUUUUGCACCACAGUAUCUAGCAGUUCAGAAAGAACUGGGUCUGAACAAUGACAUCACUAAUAUGAAUGGUGGAGCUAUAGCUCUUGGUCAUCCUCUGGCAGCCUCAGGAACAAGAAUUACAGGACAUUUGGCUCACGAAUUGCAACGACAGAAUAAGAAGCUUGCUUUGGGUUCAGCCUGUAUUGGUGGAGGACAAGGAAUUACUGUUAUUCUGGAAAAAUGUUGAGAGCAAUGAGUUUGUGUGACUAAGAGAAUGAGAAUCAAGUGUUAUUCAGAUCAUACUGACUGUGAUAUUACAUGUACAUGCAUACAUGUACGUGUCUAUGAAGCAUUUCAACAGAGACAUUGAAAUUAUAUGUACACCAAUAAAAUACCAUUUUUUGUACGGUAAUUUAUUCUUCAACUCGAUGGACUACAUAUAUUAACACUUGAAUGCAGCUGAGUUCUAUUUCAUACGUUUUUGAGUUCUAUUUCAUACCUUUUUUAUAAACUUUACGGAGAACCAAGUGACCAGUUAACAAUAUCUAAAUGUAUGCCUUAAUAAAUUAGAUGUAUGCCAAAACAAA